UCAGCAAAUACCUUUUGUUUCUCACACGUUCGGGCUUGCAGGGCUCGGGGCUGCGGGACCAGCGCGUCGCCUCCAGCCCCGGGGACCCCGCACCCACCGCCCGCUCCUCCCGGAUCAGCGGCAGCCGCCCGCAGGACCCGCCGAGUGAGGCUUCAGUUCAUCUUUUCUGGAAUGGAGAUUUCUUCCCACCAGUUUCACCUCUUGCAGCAACUAAAUGAGCAGCGCAGGCAAGACUUGUUCUGUGACUGCAGUAUCCUGGUAGAGGGAAAGGUCUUUAAAGCACAUCGCAAUGUGCUGUUUGCCAGCAGUGGCUAUUUCAAAAUGCUCCUUUCACAGAGCUCAAAAGAGACAACUCAGCCAACGACAGCGACUUUCCAGGCAUUUUCUCCUGACACAUUUACAGUUAUUCUAGAUUUUGUGUAUUCAGGCAAACUGUCCCUCACUGGUCAGAAUGUCAUCGAAGUGAUGUCGGCUGCUAGCUACCUGCAGAUGACCGAUGUUAUCAGUGUGUGUAAAACCUUCAUUAAGUCCUCACUGGACAUCAGUGAGAAGGAAAAGGAUCGGUACUUCAGUCUGUCAGACAAAGAUGUGAGCUCAAACGGUGUGGACCGCUCCUGCGUGUAUGGUGCUGGCUGGAGGGCAGAGAGCAGCCCCCCGCACUCUCAUGUCAGUCCAGACCAAGGGACAUGUAUGGUGGGUGGAAGCACUUGGAGCAAUUUCAACUACUUCCCGACUUCUCAAAGAAAUGCCCAGCAGCAGCUGUCCAAACAUGAGCAGCGGCAAGAUUCCGUGAAGAAACCCCGGCACCUGGGACUGCAGCAGCCCUCUGACAUUCCUCCCUAUAAAUCAAGCAAACUGGAGGAGAGGGCUGCAGAGCCCGCUGGCCACAUUGCUCCCUCUGAGGAGCAAGUUCAGCUUGACACAGAAGUAGCAUCUCCUCAUGUGGGUUACCAGUACAGCCAAGGGGCUGAUGUGAUCCCAAGGAGCUUGGCUGUGUCACAGCCAGAGCAUGAAUCACCUCGGUCUUCUAGUAAAUCGAAGUCUUCAAAAGCAGAGGAGCAGUACUCGGGCAUGCCCUCCAUUCUGUCUGUCAUGGGAAGCUGGACUGAAGAUGAUCUGCCUAGGAUGAGGUUCAAGUGUCCGUUCUGCACUCACGUGGUGAAAAGGAAAGCAGACCUGAAGCGUCACCUUCGUUGUCACACAGGAGAGCGCCCUUACCCAUGUGAGGCAUGUGGGAAAAGAUUUAGCAGGCUAGAUCACCUAAGCAGCCAUUUCCGAACAAUUCACCAGGCUUGUAAGCCCAUCUGCAGAAAGUGUAAGCGCCAUGUGACUGAGCUAACAGGACAAGUGGUCCAGGAGGGGACAAGGCGUUACAGGCUCUGUAAUGAGUGCUUGGCUGAAGCUGGAAUAGACAGUAUCCGCAUUGACUUGGAGGCAGAAACACCCCUUGAGUUUCCUCAAGAUGGGGAUAAAGAUUCCAGGUGGCACUAUGGGGAAGACAACAGAUCAGAUGUGGAGAUUGUGGAAGAUGGGUCAUCUGACUUGGUCAUUCAGCAAGUUGAUGACAGUGAGGAUGAAGCAGAUGAAAAGGAAGUAAAGCCAAAAAUUAGGUAGUUGCAAGACAAGAAUUAGAAAUUCCAGGUCAGAGGGGGAAUGUACUGUCUGACCCUAAGCCUUCCACCAGCCUGUUGUCAGCGUGCAGACACAAUGGUUUCUCUUGAACAGCUCCAGACUUGCAUGUUUUGAUGGACAUUGAUUCUGAAAAUUUGGAACACAGACUGGGCUGUAUUUUAAUGAGCACUGGUAAAAUACUCUCUUUUUUAAAAUUAUUUUUAAUUUUUUUCUUAAGCCUCUUAAAAAUGCCAGGUAGUGGCAUUUUUUUCUCACUGAGGUGACUGGUAGUCCUGCAUCCACAGCAUUGCCAGUGGCAGUGUCAGCUUCUCCAGGCUGAUGUGAAGGAACCAGUCGUCCCAAGGUUACUGUAGCUGGUGUUUGCUUUGUCCCCUGUUUCAUCUGCCAGUAGCAGUGGCAGAAAAAUGUGUACAGUAUAUAUACGGUAGCAUUAGAAAUGGGACCAAGGUUUUCCAUCUGAAACUAUUGACUACUCUUGUUUGUACUGAUCUGUACUCGGUUGAAACUGAUGAGUUUUAAGAUGGAGUCAUUAUCAACUUAGAUAUUCCCCAUUUGGUCACCAAGAGAACCUACUUUCCCCUUUUUCAGUCUGUACUAUAUGUCAAUGAGAACAAGAUGUAUUGGAAGUUGUCUAGACAUCAUAUUUGUAAUUUUACCUACAAUUAUGCUACAAAGGAUGAGCUGACUAAUGGUGAAGAAACUUUACUUCUCUAGCAAAAUGAGCCACUUUGUUUUGUUACUGAGUGAGUUUAUCUUAACCAGCACAGUAACCAGGGGAGAAGCAGAAGGAUGCUCCUGGGGUGUUUUUACUCUGCAUUUUUUGGACAGACCUGAGUAUUAAUACAGCCUUCAUCCUGUGAUCAUUGAAUUCAAUGGGCAUGGGCUUAGAAAACUAUUUAUUUUUUUCUUUUUUACAACUUUGUAAGCAUGUUUGGCUGAAACCUGGGAUUAAUUACAGAACAAUCCCAUAUAUAUACAAUAUAUAAUCUCUUUCCCAGGGAUAUCUGAAGAGUUGCUAUUUUACUUUUAUUUGUGUAAAAACUGUAUAGCCUUAUUAGCAGCAUCAUUACCAGAGUGCAUUUUCAUUCCAGAUAGCCAGCCAACAGAUCUCUCAAAUGACAGCUCGAGUUCUUCCUACUACAUUCCCGGUGUAGGCAUUAAGCACCCUUCCCCUCAAAUGUGCCUGCCCGUAUGCUCUAAGCAGAUGAGAAGUGGUACUUUAUUGCUCCUAUAAAAGUUAUUGUCCAUUGGCUUAGACUUGGAAAGGAGGAACUUUAAAAACUUUCUGAUGACCUAUAUGAAGUCAUCUUUUCCAAAAGGAGAUGUACACUUGCUUCAAUUUUAUGUUGGUCACAAGUCUGCAAAAUGGACUUGAUGUGAAAAUAGCUGGUUAAUUUCUUGGAGCUUGUUACUCCUACAAAUGCGUGUUAUAAAACAGCUAAGAAAUAUUCCUGGGCAACCUUAACUAAAUCAAACCUAGAACAAAGAAAUAUAAAAAAGAAAAUGGAAUGACUGUGAUCAAAUUUCAAGAGAAAAUGCUUGCUGAAAUCAAAUUCAAUAGAUUUUUCCAUUUCCUUUUACAUUAAACAGAACACACAAUAAAUUCUAGGCAUCAGUGCCUGCUGUCCUGGAAUACAAAGAGGCUGGGAUUAGUCUCUGUGUGUGUUUUGGGGAUUAGAUUAAGGGGAAUGGAAAAUAAACUGUCACUCCAGGCCUGAAACCUUAAAUGCCAACUGUAAAGGUGAGACUGUUAAGUGCUUGUGUAUACUUGGGGGCAUUUUUAGAAGCAAAGGGAUUUUUGGAUCAAUAUUCAAUCUAAUUAGGUAUUGUAAGAAUAUUAAGGACCAGAUGCUUCAGAAGUAGAUGUGAAGUGACAAUAAUGGGCAAAUGGAACAAUCUAUCCACAUCGACAUUGACUUUUUAAAUAUAGGCAGAUUGUUGAUUUGCCUGGCAAAAAAGGAUUUUCACUGGUUUUAUACCUUAUUCUCAGUAGCAUAACUAGAUAUCUAAAGUAAUUUCUAAAGUAUCUUGUUAAGCUUGGAGUUCCAGCUCAAGACUGUGAUUCCCACAGGUCAAUUAUGUUUUGUAUUUUACCAUUUUUGCAUUUGUUGCCCCGGUUUCAGUUGUUGUUCCCUUAUUUUUGUAUUGCAAGACAAGAUAAAUGUUAAGUGCCUUAUA